UAACAUUACAUACGUUUUUGGUAUAGUUUCCUAUAUGUGAUAUAUCUAGUUAUACGUAAUGUGUGUUAAUUUAAAUUGAUUGCUAAUUUAUUUGCUGCUAUUUUGCAAUGUACAAAUUUGAAUAUAUGUAUGUACGUAAAAUUGAGAACGGUACAUGUUCAUUCAAAACAAUUGUUUUUCACAACAUUACUGGAAUUUAAAUGUACAAGAUCUAGUGCUUUUGCCAAUAUUUGUUCAUUAAAUCAAAGAAAGAAUAUGUUUAUGACAUAUUUGCAACAAAUUAAAAAGAUAAAAGACAAUUGUAGUACUAAUAAACGGAAAAAUACUAGAGAUUACAUUAUAUCAGGUUUUUUAUUUAAUUUAUUUUUUCCUAAAGAAGAAAAAAAUGGUGUUGAAGAAUUAAUAACGACAAUUAAAAGAUCAAUUUUAUUAAUUCAGAAAAAGGAAUUUUCAAAGGCAGAGAAAAUGCUACAUGUUGCUUUGCGACAAGCACAAAUUUUGCAACAUUAUGAUGGUAUAACUUAUGUAUAUGAUGUAAUGGCAAAUUUAGCAUAUGAUAUAAAUAAUUAUGAAAAAGCAAAAGAUCUAUUUAAAUUAGUUUUACAGAGAUUAAUAGCUAAAGGAGUUCCAGAGGAUGAUUUAGCAGUCAUUCAUAUUAGUCUUAAGAUUUCUGAUUUAUAUAACGAAACAAGAGAUAUAGAAAAAGCAAACACUGGUUACAAAUUUUGUUUGCAACACUUACAAAAUCAUUUGGCUAAAGACAAUGAAAAUGAAGAUAUACUACAAUUGUUAGGUUUAAAUUUAGAGAAGUAUGCAUCUAUGCUCUUUUCACAAUCUGAUUAUAAAAAUUCUCUUGAAUACUUCACUCAAGCUUAUGAUAUAUCCAUAAAAAUAAAUGGUGAAGAAAAUGAACAAACUGUUAUUUUAUUGAAUAACUUAGCAAGUGUGUGUUAUAUGUUACAAAAAUAUGAUGACACUAUUAAAUAUUUGUCUAAAGCCGCAGAAUUAGGAAAAAAGUUACCAGGUAUGGUUGAAUUAAGUUCCAUUCAUGUCAAUUUAGGAAAUGCAUUUUUUUCAAAAGGACUUUUUGAAGAAGCAAAAAAAAAUUGUAAUGAAGGAAAAUAUUUAGCACAAGCUAGAAAUGACAAUAAAGGUGUAAUAGAAGCUAAAAAAUGUCUUGAACAAAUAGAAAGUCUGAUAGCAUAAUAUAUGUGCAAAUAUCAAGUUGCAGUAUUUAGAUUUAGUUAAAUUAUUAAAAAUGUACUUAUAAUA